AAAUGUAGUUAAUAGUUUAUAAAAUAAUAAGAACACACCAACUCUUAAAAAAAUAAAAAUAGAAAAUAAAGAAAGAAAGAGAAAGAAAUGUGAAAGUGUCAUUGUAUACUUAGUAAUAGAGAAGAGAUUCUUUGACAACUGGAAGUAAAAAGACAAAAGGAGAAACAACGCAAAAUUCGCGGUUUUUAUUAAUCCUUAUCCUUCUCCCGCGAAAAUUAAUUAAAAAGAAAACACUGUAAUCAUAACAAAAAGCAUAAUCGGAGUCUUAAAUAAAAUCUUAGACUAGUCAGUGUGUGAUUAAAUCAUUCAGCAGCACAGCCAAACAGCACCAACCGCGAGAGGAGGGAGUGACGUAACCACACAGGGACCCACAUGCUUGCAGCAUGGGGAUUCGCUACGACCCAAAAUAUGAAAAAUCACAAAUGUGGGACCCUUUCUCAGCCACCUAUACUAUGCUAUGCUAUUACUAUACCAUACCAUCACCUCUCCUUUUCUUUUAACCGUCUGAUCGAAAGCGAAACGCUACUCUCCCCUUCUUUAUUACUAAACUCCACACUGUUUCCGUUUUUUCAGCUAAUCGUUUGAUCGUUUCUUUUUAGGUUUCGAGAUGCGUUUACCAAGAAAUAUUUAGUUAGAUGAUUAGCUAAUGCCGGUUCCUUUUACAUGUAAGAAAUGUUAAUGAAUGUUGUUGUUGUUCAUCAUUGGUUUUUGUAGUGGUAAUUCUUUACUUUGCUUCUAGUCUAAGUUGGUCUCAAGAUUUCACUACUCUCCGUUUCUACGUUUCGGAUCUUUCUCGAGAUCGUCGUUUCUCUUGUGUUCUAUGCCAGCUUCUUCAACCUGCAUUUCCUCCGGUAAAACUAUGUUCAUGAAGUGCAAAUAGUUGAAAUGAUGUCUGGUGUACGACAAAGUAACGCAUACCCAAAACCUUCUGGCAGAAUGGGAGUUGGUGUAGACAUGAAAAAGAGCUCCAAACAGCAGCAAUACUCUAAGGCAGUGAAGGAGACGGUUCUUCCAACCCAAGCAAUGCAGAGUCUAAAGCACCAAGACAUGCUAAAAGCCAAAGGUUACAUCAGUAAGCCCUAUAGUGGUGUUCCCUGUGAAUUAAAACAAAAUCCAAAUAAUGGGACCUUGAUACAACCAAAACCUUCAGGAAAUUGUCAGCAGCUGGCUGUCAUGGUAAAGGCAUCAAAAGAUGAUGAGCUUGUCAAAUAUAUGUCAAGUUUGCCUCAUUAUUUACAGCGCAUGGAAAAAACAGAAAACAUACAAGAUAAGGCUUUAAAUGUCGGGGUUUUGGAUUGGGGACGUUUAGAGAAUUGGAAAUGCAGCCAAAAGGGCAUCGUGUUGAGAGAUGGCAAUGAUGCAUCCUUGCCUAGCAGUAAUUUGUCAACUAAAAUGACUGCUAGGCCGCCUACAGUUUACAGUCCAACACAUAAUCAAACUCUCACUUCUGAAAGCAAACUGCGUCCUCCUCCUUGCAGAAAUAAUUCUUCUCAUAAUGAUGGCAUUUCUCGAAAUACCAAAUCAUCUUUUCCGGAAGCGGGGCUCGUUCAGGAUCUGGAAAAUGCUUCCAGGAGCCAUUUUCAUGGACAGAAGAGGGCAUUGUGGAACCACAAGUAUUUUGAUAGAAGUAGUUCACAAACAGUUUUCAGAAAGGGUGAACAGAGAGAGUUGGAUCAUAAGAACACUGCAAAAGUUGAAAAUCAGUCAUCCAACUCCAGCAAUAACCGGAUACUAAUAGGGCCCAGCGAAAGUGUGAGUUCUUGUGAUAGAGAAGCCAAGCAGAGAAUUGAGGGAAUGCAACGAUCAGAUAUAAACAGAAAGGCCUCGAAAAAGAAGAGUACUCCAAGCAUGGGAGCUUCGUCUUCAAAGCUGAAAAGUUGUGAUAUCUCACUCAGUACAAAGGACAAGAAGAAUGUUAAUAACAGAAUGAAGAAGAGAAUGGAGUUGCAAGAACCAGAAAUUGAUAUUCCUCAUCAAGCUGAUCAAAGCAAAAACAUUGUUCUUCUCUUACCUGUAAAAGUUGCUCAAAGUAGCCCUCUAAAGCACCCAAGAAGGUUAAUAGACGAGAAUGUGACCGGAGCAUCUCAGAAUAGCUUGUCAGAGGGGUUAUCUGACAGGGAGGUUUUCUCCUCGGAACUCCAUCAUGAAAUUCCUCACUCAUGUCCACUGCCUUCUAGAGCUGAGAUUAAUACAGAACAACAAGAGAUGGCACCUAAUGCAUUCAAUAAUCAUGAUGUGGAGCUGUCAUCCAAUGCAAGCAGCAGUGCUAAUUCUUCAAAUGAAAAUCUACUUGAAACUUUAAGGACACUGGACCAAGAAACAGCAGAACUGGAUUCUAGGAAAGGCAGACAUCCAUCACCAAAUCGCCGAUUUAGCUUCAGCUUAGGUCGGAUGACCAGAAGUUUCAGCUUCAAGGAGACUUCAGGCAUUCCGCAAUUGACCUCCACAUAUGUUUCAGUGAAGUCUGGUCCUGUGAUAUCCAAAGCUUCUGCUGAUUUGGGUAAUUCAAACAGAGAGAAAGCAAGUGGUCAUAACAGAGCUAGAUCCAGCCCUUUGAGAAGGAUCCUAGAUCCACUACUGAAGUCCAAGGGCUCAAAUCUGCAAAAUUCUUCUGGAACUGAUCAGUCAUCUAGCGGAAGCCCGAAUGCCCACAGCUAUAAGACAAUUGAUGCUACUGAAUCACUUCAAAAUGAAAAACAUGAGUUAUCCAGUAUACAAGCUCACCUGAUGGUUACAAGGAGUAAUGGAUUUCCAUUGUUCAGAUUUGUGAUCAACAAUAAAAAUAUUAUUGUUGCCGCCCCUUUGAAAAAUUUAACACCAAUGGCAAAGAAUGAUCAGGGCUGCAACUAUGUACUGUAUGCCAUUGAUGAAAUGAAGAGAAAAGGUGGAAGCUGGAUUACUCAAGUUGGUAAAGAGAAAAGCUGUAGCUUUGUCUAUAAUGUGGUUGGCCAGAUGAAGGUAAAUGGCUCUUCAUUCUUGGAUUUGUCUGGAAAGAACUCCAGUAACGAGUAUGUAGUUAAAGAGUCAGUUUUAUUUGGUACUGAGCGAAGACAGACAGGUCAGGGAUCAGCAGGGUUGAUGCCAAACACAGAGCUUGCAGCUGUUGUUAUCAAGAAGCCUAGUGGAAACUUAGGCUAUGAUGGCUCGGGGAGUGAUAAAGAAAAAAACUUGAUGGAGAAGGACUUCUCAUGGUGCCCGUCAGACAAUGAACACUCUGAUAGUUGUACAGUCAUACUUCCUGGCGGUGUUCAUAGUUUGCCUAGCACAGGAGUUCCUUCAUCGCUAAUUCAUCGGUGGAGAUCUGGUGGAUCAUGCGACUGUGGAGGCUGGGAUGUUGGCUGUAAACUACGUAUUUUAUCCAAUGAAAACCUAAACCAGAAGCUUCAAAGAGCCUCUGGUGCUUGCCCGAUGUCACAUGACUUUGAGCUCUUCGUUCAGGGAGAACAGCAGCAAGAUAAGCCCAUGUUCAGUAUGGCACCAAUCGAGAAGGGGAAGUACUCCGUUGAAUUCAGACCAUCAAUUUCCCCAUUACAGGCAUUAUUCAUUUCUGUCUCAGUUAUAAGCUGCCAGAAAUUAUCUGGUCUCGAUGAAGUGAGUACUGUGUACGAUGAAAAAAUUUUCCACGGGUAUGAAAAUGUAGGAGGAAUGAAGAAGAUACGCACAGCCGUUGUGGGGGAAGCACCUGUGAAAUAUACUCCAUGUCCACCUGUUUCCCCAGUUGGAAGGGUCUAGCUUCAUGCUGCUCUUUUGAAUAGCCAAAGAAUGCAGUAAUAGUAUGUGUUCACAAUCCAUUACUGUCGUGAUGUUAAUUUGCCCUCCAAAAGAUGAAGUCUUAAACGGGAUUCCUGAUAUAGAGGAGGUCAUAAUUUUGUAUCAACGGUAACAUCACCUUUGUAUAAAGAAAAUAACUUCACCAGAUAAUACACCUCUGUAAUGAAAAGAAAAUAGGCUGUUUGAAGGUUUAAAUCUCUAUGAGACAGCUUUUCCCUGAA